UGGUGUAUAAUCGAUGUCCCGUGGUGUGUAUUGUUAUCACCGGGGUGUAUAAUCGAUGUCCCGUGGUAUGUAGUGUUAUCACCGGUAUUAAUAAAUACAUAUACAAAAUAGUUAGACUUUUUAAAUAAUGUCCAAAUUAAAUAGCAUGCACACAUUCCUUAAUAUUCCACAACAAAUCUUUAUAAGUAUUGUUCAUGUUUUGUAGAGAACUGGACAUGUCUUGCGACAAAUCGUGGAAGAUGAUUGAAAGACGGGUUUUGGGAUGGAUCCGUAAAUACGACCCGAAUGUAGUGCUGUUGUAUCGACCCAAGCCCACAAAGCGGGAUGUGUAUCCUCAAGUUAAGUACAUCGCUUCAAAGAGAUUCCUACCAUUUGUGGCGUCCGAGAGCGUUUUGCAAGGUUUUGUUAACGCUUGCACUACCGAGCUGCCACUGUCAGCCGUUCUACCAGCAUCAAUUAGGGAAGAGAUGGAUAUUAUUUCCCAUGACGCAAUCAACAUGAAUUGUGAUAACAAGAGAGUGCUGAUAAGCAGUCUGGUAAAAAGUUAUACUUGCUACAAUAUUUCUGAGGUAAUGUAUUUUGGUAGAAGUGUCACAUUUGUAGACGCAUGAAUAUCAAUUUUACUAACAUCUUUGCUUGCUUUGUAUGUUUGUAUAUAUUAAAGUAUUUAUUGCAUCCUAGCCCUCCUACCAUAAGAUUAUCAUGUAUCCAUAUAUGCAUGUCGUUAUUGACAAGUAUAUAAUCGUCUUCUUUCGCUAUUCACGUUGCGGGUGUGGUUUAUUGUGCUGCAUAUGCAUGUUUGCAAACUGUCUAAUCGUAUUCUUUGAUAAUAAUGAGCACUUAAUGAAAUGUAUGAUAAUGAAGAUGUCCAUGAAAAAGAAAAACUACUAAUUUGUUUUCAUAAAAACAAAGAUAUAUACACGCAUUUAAAGUAAAUGAUUUUAUGAACAUGUCAGAUUAAAAUGUAAGAAAGUACAGAUUUCUUAAAAUUUUAUGAUACUAUUUACCACGAGUUUAAACAUAAAAUGUGAACAUCUAAAUUACGAAUGCAAUGUAU